GAAAAACAAACUGGCGCAUGCGUUUUGCGUCAUCAACGGUCGCCUAAAAUCCCAGUCGCGGGAGUUCGACAGUUUAGAAAUCACCAAGGAGACUGCAGUUAAGAAAACGGCGGGUCGCCAUGACGCAGAGCCAGAGGCUAUCAAACGCACACAGCUCCUCUCAGAGCAGAAGGCAACAGAGCACUUUGAUUGCGCAGGAAGAGGAUGAUGAUGCAAUUUUCACUCAGCCAAGCAUGUCACAGGUUCAGAGAGGCCUAGAGAAACUCACGUCUGCACAGGUUGACCAAAAGGCUGGUGAGGUGGUGCAGUACUUCUUGGUGAAGGAUCAAAAGAAGAUUCCUGUACGACGAGCAGACAUUGUGAAACAUGUGUUGAAAGAGUACAGAACCAUCUACCCGGAGAUCAUGAAGAGGGCAACGCGAAUAUUUGACCAGGUGUUUGGCCUGAAACUGGUUGAAAUCGACCACAGAAGUCACAUGUAUAUACUGGUCAAUAAUUUGGAGAAAGUAGAGUCACCGAUCAGCAGCCCAACCAAUUCAAAGAUGGGUCUGCUGUUUGUCAUCCUUAGUGUUAUUUUCAUGAAAAGAGGUGCUGUCAGAGAAAACCUUAUCUGGAAUACUCUGAAGAAACUCCGUGUUGACCCUGGAGAGAAACAUGAGGAGUUUGGUGAUGUGAAGAAGUUGGUCACAGACGAGUUUGUACGUCAGAGGUACCUGGAGUACGUGAGGAUCCCUCACACAGAGCCAGUGGAGCAUGAAUUUCGCUGGGGUCAACGUGCUGACAUGGAAGUGUCAAAAGCCAAAAUCCUUGAGUUCGUGGGUCAACUUUAUGGACAGGACCCUCAGAGCUGGAGUCAUCAGUACAGAGAAGCUCACUCAACCCCCAACUCAAGCCAGGCCAGCAGCAGCAGUCAGAGAUAACUGCACUAUUGUCACUGUCCUUUUAAAUUACUUACAGUGAAAGAGUAGCUGCAUCAGUGCCUUGAUGGUUUUAUUUUUACAUUUUAUUUUUCAUAUUUUUUAUUUGUCAUUUGUUUAAGGUUAAUUGUUAUAUAUUUCUAUGUUCAGAAAUUAAAAAUUGUACAGAUUGAACCUCAUUCAUUCUUCAUGUUAGUUUUGUACGCAGGUAAAACAUCAAACAAGAAGUCAGCAGUUUUCUUUUUAUUGAAUUCACAUUAAGGUAACAGUUAUUUGUUCAUAAAAUAAAAUAUUUUCUAAUAGUCCCAACAACAA